GAGGUUAAUGAUUGACAGUGUGUCAACAGCUCAUGAAGUUCACUAGUUAGUGCUGUUUCAAAGGUCCCUGUAAAGCAGAGCAUCAUCAUGAGCGACUGGAAGAACAUGAGCAAAGAUGAUUUGGAGCUGCAGUAUUCUCCCAGCCGCUGGUCACCCAGGAUGUCUGCCGAUGAUGUCAUCAGAGCUCAUGUGUCCGCACUGAAAUCAGGCACAGAGAGAGCUCGGUCGGUCACUCAGACUCUGAUGGACGUCCCGUAUGGAGAAGCAGAAGGAGAGAAACUGGACGUUUAUCUUCCCAGCAGCUCCAGUCCAGACGUGCCGCUGGUGAUUUAUUUUCAUGGAGGAUACUGGCAGUUCCUCAGUAAGGACGAGUCUGGUUUUCUGGCCGUCCCGCUAGUCCAGAAGGGUGCAGUGGUGGUUGCCGUGGGUUACAGCAUCGCUCCAAAAGGUGAUAUGGAUCUGAUGGUGUCUCAGGUGCGCAGGAGUGUCGUGUCUGUGAUUCAGCAGUAUUCACACAUCAGUGGACUUUACCUGUGUGGUCAUUCAGCUGGAGCUCAUCUUGCAGCGAUGGUUCUGUCCACUGACUGGACACAGUAUGAUGUAUCACCGCAAAUUAAAGGUGCAUUUCUGGUGAGCGGCAUCUAUGAUCUUCAGCCCAUUCUCUCCACAUACGUGAACGAGCCGCUGAAAAUGACAGAGGAAGUUGCUUUAAGGAACAGCCCCAGUCACUUCCUGUCGCAGCUUAAGGUCUCGUCUGCUUCCUGCGACAUCACCGUCACUGUGGCGCAGAACGAUUCGCCUGAAUUUCGCAAACAGUCAGAGGAAUAUUUUAAAGCUUUGGAAUCUGCUGGUCUUAAAGUGUCUUUUGAAGACGUUUCUGACACGGAUCACUUCAGCAUCAUAGAGCAACUCGUGGAUGAAAAUUACCUCCUCACCAAGCUCCUCCUGAAGAUGAUGGGGAAAAGUUGAUAAUCGUCAAAUUACCCAGAAUGCACUGCUCUAGAACCGACCUGUGAGUUGACCUCACAAUGACCUCACUCUUUGUCCAAUCAGACACUAGUGUUAAAUGUUAAAUGUCAUUAAGACUGCAGAAGUGUGUUUUUAUCUGGAGUGUGUGUGUGUGUGUUCAGGACUGUGUUUGUGUAAGGUGUUUUUCAUAGUUAUUUAAAUGUUUUAAUCACUUAAAGCACUGCAGGAUUUGACACUCAAAUGCAAAUGAGUUCAAAUGUACCACGGGUCAAUGGUGCUGAAGAUGUCCAUCAGUUUGUUGUAUUUGUUUUGAGUUUUCAUUGACUGGAUAAACAGGUUUGGACCGGCCGCAGAACUGGUUUGGUGUUUCACAGAUACUUGUUAACUAGUAAAACUAGCAAAUCACCUUCACCAGCUGCUUUAAAAGUGUUUACCUCGAGCAGACUGUGGCGUCAGUGUGUGAUUGAAGCGAUUUCAGGCAAAUAAAGCACUGAUUUGAGCACA